AUGGUGCUGCAGAGGGUGUUUCGCGCUGUCAUCAUGGGGCCCCCAGGAUCGGGUAAAGGGACGGUUUCCGGGCGCAUCAUUAAAACUUUCGGGCUCAAACAUAUUUCGAGUGGAGACAUCUUGAGAAACAACAUACGUGCAAAAACCGAGCUGGGUCUGCUGAUGAAGGCCUGUAUAGAUCAGGGUCAGCUGCUUCCUGAUGAUGUGAUGGCUCGGCUCAUCCUCCAUGACCUGCGAGCACUGGGCAAUGACAGCUGGCUGCUGGAUGGCUUUCCUCGUACAAUCCUUCAGGCCGAGGCUCUCGAUGACACAUCCAGUGUGGACACUGUCAUCAACCUCAAUGUCCCGUUUGAGACAAUCAAAAAGAGGCUGUCGUCACGAUGGACACACACUCCCAGCGGGAGAGUCUACAACACAGAUUUCAACCCACCAAAAGUCCUUGGUGUUGAUGACGUGACUGGAGAACCUCUGGAGCAGAGAGAUGAUGACACUCCACACACAGUCUCACGCAGACUGAAAGCCUAUGAAAACCAGACGGAACCAGUUCUUGAAUACUACAGAAGUAAAGGUGUAUUGGAAACCUUUUCUGGGACUGAAACCAACAAGAUCUGGCCCCAUGUUGAGGCAUAUCUUCACAGAAAACUCCCCACUCUCAGUCAAAAAGUGGCAUAA